CCGCAACCUCUGCAUCAUUUGACAUUCACCCUUCUCAUCAACGUAAUCUUUCGAACGGCUUGGACAACGGAUAUAGUUUCCGUGUGUGAUUUGAGUCCUCUUGCCCAUCCAUUACGUGCAAACCCCCACCACCAUUAGAAUCUGGGCGCGAAAAGUCUUCCGCAACCAAACCAAACCUCCCUUCCGACCGAAACCCACGGCCUCGAUUGUACCUCUGACGACAACUACUCCAUCUUCUCGGCCUUUGAAAGAGCGAAGAAGUUAUUAUCGCAUUUUCCAAGAUUUGCGUUCAGUUUCGCGCCGUCACGUCCGACACAGCACCGUAAACCAAGCGGCACACUGACACGAGACCACCCCCAGCGGUCCAUUGCCUUUCACGAGAACUUUCGGUCUUCCGUAGCCUUCGACGCGUACUCAACAAGCUGCGCAUAAAGAGCAUCACUGCUCGAGUCCACCACAUCUUCCUCAAAACCAAACAUAAAACCCACACAACCAUACACAAUGGCCGACGUGUUAGCAGACCAACUUAGGUCAGCCACAUUGAGCGACGCCACCAACAAUGACGACUGGAGGAGGAAUCUGAACAUUCCUGCCAGAGACAACAGGCAACAAACUGAGGAUGUGACAAACACGAAAGGUCUAGAAUUUGAGAACUUUGGUCUGAAACGAGAUCUCCUUAUGGGAAUAUUCGAGGCAGGAUUCGAGAAGCCUUCACCAAUCCAGGAGGAGAGCAUUCCCGUCGCCCUCACCGGACGCGACAUCCUUGCCCGAGCCAAGAACGGUACCGGAAAGACAGCCGCCUUUGUCGUACCAGCCCUCGAGAAGAUCAACCCCAAGGUAUCCAAGAUCCAAUGCCUCAUCCUAGUACCGACACGAGAGCUGGCCAUGCAGACCUCGCAAGUCUGCAAGACUCUGGGCAAGCACCUCGGCAUCAACGUUAUGGUUACAACCGGUGGUACGACUUUGAGGGACGACAUCUUGCGUCUGCAAGAUCCUGUACACAUUGUAGUCGGUACGCCGGGUCGUAUCCUCGACCUUGCGGGUAAAAAUGUCGCCGACCUCAGCGAAUGUCCAAUGUUCAUCAUGGACGAAGCCGACAAGCUUCUCUCCAUCGAAUUCACCCCGGUCAUCGAGCAGCUUCUCCAGUUCCACCCGAAGGAUCGACAGGUUAUGCUCUUCUCCGCUACCUUCCCCAUCUCGGUUAAGGAAUUCUCCGACAAGAACAUGACAGACCCCUACGAGAUCAACCUCAUGGACGAGCUUACCCUCAGGGGUAUCACUCAAUAUUAUGCCUUUGUCGAGGAGAAGCAAAAGGUCCACUGCCUGAACACUCUGUUCUCCAAAUUGCAGAUCAACCAAUCUAUUAUCUUCUGCAACUCCACGAACCGAGUCGAACUUCUUGCAAAGAAGAUCACCGAACUUGGCUACUCGUGCUUCUACAGUCAUGCCAAGAUGCAGCAGCAGGCGCGAAACCGCGUUUUCCACGACUUCAGAAACGGAGUCUGCAGGAACCUGGUGUGCUCUGAUCUGCUUACUCGAGGUAUUGACAUCCAGGCCGUCAACGUUGUCAUAAACUUUGACUUCCCCAAGAACGCUGAAACCUACUUGCACCGUAUCGGACGAUCUGGUCGUUAUGGCCACCUUGGUCUGGCUAUCAACCUGAUCAGCUGGGAAGACCGUUUCAACCUCUACAACAUCGAACGUGACUUGGGCACCGAGAUUCAGCCCAUCCCUUCGACGAUUGAUAAGAGCUUGUAUGUCUACGAGAACCCAGAGACGAUUCCUCGUCCCAUCAACAUCCCCGCCCAACCUUCCUCGGUGGGCAACGCACAAAGCGCUGCACCCAACCAGGGCCCGCCUCCUCAGCAGCAAAGACCUCACCAGGGUCAAGAGAACUGGCAAAACCAGAACGGUAGGCACAACGGUGCCAACCAACAGCAGCAGCCUCGCGGCCCGCACCAGAACAGGGGCCGCGGCGGUGGGCGCGGCCGUGGAGGCUUCCAGGGCCAAGGUCAAGGGCAGCGCAACUACAACAACAACUACAGGGGUGGCCGUGGUGGCCACAACCAAGGGCAGCAUCAACAACAAAUGCCCAACCAGCAGUCCUAAGCAUGUGGCGACCUCAACCCACGCAUUGCUACCGUGGGCUUGAGGCGCACGCGUGACUGCAUUGGAUUCACUUCACUGCUUUUUACGCAAAGCUAUUGGAUUGUACUGAUACCACCUUUCUUUGAUUGUUUAUGCUCCUUUUACUCAUUUUAUGGCAGACCAUUGAUUUGGUCCCAUCUCAACUUCUUUUAUUUUUAUUUUUUAUUUUAUUUCCCCCUUUUCUUUUUCUUUCUAUCUUUUACAACGUCUCAAUAGCAGGCUAGAGGAGCCUCGGUGAUCUUUAAAAUCCUUUUCACCCCAUAUCACGACUUUCGACUCUUCAGCCCACAUACGAAGGACAGCCAUGAAUCUCCUUGGCUGCAAAUAACGCCUUUUAACAUUCUCGCUUUCACCGGUUGCAAUCAGAGAAUUAAUUCAAUGUUUUCUGCACUUCACACAGCCGCUUGAGCCAGUUCAACCUCUUAACGUUCGAGGUCGUGGCGUACCACAACUUGUGCCUAUCACACUUCCAUGUUCUCACCUUUGGCACAGAACCUGUCUCAUUCUCUCAUCAUUUCACAAUCUGGUUGCUCGUCCUUUUCUCCCCAGACCCGUCUCUACUGGGUGCAUGAAGUUAUAAAAGUUCAAGGGGCUCGGUUGGUUGACUAGAUACAUCUUCUCUUCUCUCAUGCUUUCUCUCAACUCCAUUUAUUUUAUACCAUGGAGUCUCUAGGCGCACACAAGGCGUUGGAAUGACCCACGUGGAAGGAUUGGCUUUGGGAUGGGUCAUUGGAGCAUAUGUCAUCUUUUCUGGCGUUGGGGACUUUUCUUGAUACCAAACGGCGGUUUGGACGACAUCAUGUAUUCAUGAGGUUGGCUAUGGGUCACUGCCAUCUUCAAUGUGCGCUGAAGGCUGCCAAUCAUCAACGGCCUAGGUUUUCACUCUAUUGGUCAGGUGCGUGGCACUGGCUAGUAUUUUUUUCCUCAACAAGGUUCAUCGGAAUCAUAACAAGGACACGCGAUUCUGACUGCAUACAACAUCAAAGGGCUUUCCCCCUCUCAUCUCAUCAUUUCGACACUCUUAAGGCGACACCAAACCUCUACAAAGCUCGAUACCCUCUUCGACUACAUUAGUCCGGUUCAAGGGCAUGUCUUUACCCGCAGAGGCGUAAUAGGGCCAUGACUGUAUUGCACAAAUCCCUACUACGUUUUUCUACACAAAAAAAAAAGCACAAACAUCUCGGACGCGUCCCGCUCCCUGGCAUCCGUGGCAUUAGCCGUUGCAGGGCCAUUGCGGGCUGGCUUGGUUGCACAAUUUUCUACCCGAACAGCGCAAUAUUCUUCUAAAUCGACGAUACUAGCCCCACUGGCCGUGGUUUUGGGCAAGGUAUUGGAAUUAUUUCCAUACCUUUUUUGCUCUUUCCUACCGUCAGCCAAUAUGCUUCCGUCGUUCGAAGAUCAUUCUGGGGAGACCAGCGUGAUUAUUGUCACCAACAAAAGACAAAAAAAAAAAAUCAAAAAUUUCUAGAAAAAAACAAAAACCUGGGGGGAAAAUUAUAGCAAAUCACAAGCGAUGGUCGGUCUUUGGCUACAUACACCCAGGUUAACUGCUUACAUUAAGCAGUUGAGAUGGAUGUUCAAGGUCAGGGAACUAGGUUCCAACUAACCCGUCAAGCAUACUUCAUGCCUCGGAUUACAGUGCAUUAGACAAGAUGAAUACCA